AUGACGCAGAGAGUUUCCUUUUCGUCGACCCAGCGUCGUCGCCGUAACCCGAGCACGGCCUUUCUCCUCCUCUCACUUGUUCUGGUUUCGUCUCUCCACGCGGCGUUGGCCUAUCGUUUCUCCGCGGGGCUCCGCGCGGACAAGCUGCACGGGAUGAUGCGCGGAUGGGCGCAAGGCGGACGCUCGACCGGCCAGCAGCAGCAGAGUGGCGGAACGAGCGGAAGCGGGAUGGGCGGCGCUGGAGUGAGUGGAGGCGGAAUGAGCGGCGGCGGAAUGGGCGGCGGCGGAGUGGGCGGCGGCGGAAUGGGCGGCGGAGGAAUGGGCGGCGGCGGAAUGGGCGGCGGCGCGAUGGGCGGCGGUGGGAUGGGCGGCGGCGGAAUGAGCGGCGGCGGAAUGGGAGGCGGCGGAAUGGGCGGCGGCGAAAUGGGCAGCGGCGGAAUGGGCGGUGGCGCGAUGGGCGGCGGUGGGAUGGGCGGCGACGGAAUGAGCGGCGGCGGAAUGGGCGGCGGCGGAAUGGGCGGCAGCGGAAUGGGCAGCGGCGGAAUGGGCGGCGGCGCGAUGGGCGGCAGUGGGGUGGGCGGCGGCGGAAUGAGCGGCGGCGGAAUGGGAGGCGGCGGAAUGGGCGGCGGCGGAAUAGGCAGCGGCGGAAUGGGCGGCGGAGGAACUGGAAGUGGCAUGAGCGGACCUGGUUCGUCUGCUCCUGGAUCAGAGGCGGCCAUGGGUCCUGGCGGGGGCAUGGGCGGCGGCCGAAUUGGCGGCGGCGGAAUGGGCGGCGGAAGCAUGGGUGGUGGAGGCAUGGGCGGCAGCAGGAUGGGCGGCGGCAGCAUGGGCAGCAGCGGGAUGGGUGGCGGAGGCAUGGGUGGACCUGGGUCGUCUGCUCCUGGAUCACAAGCAGCCAUGGGCCCUGGGGGGAACAUGGGCGGAGGCAUGGGCGGUGCCAUGGGCGGCGGUGGCAUGGGUGGCGGCGAAAUGGGCGGCGGAGGCAUGGGCGGCGGAGGCAUGGGCGGCGGAGGCAUGGGCGGGUCAGGGUGGGUUGCUCCAGGGUCGCAGGCAGCACCUGGGCAGGGUGGACCUGGGAUGGGCGGAGGGAUGGGCGGAGGGAUGGGCGGAGGGAUGGGCGGAGGGAUGGGCGGAGGGAUGGGUGGGCCUGGUAGCAACAUGGGAGGCAGCAUGGGAAGCGGCAUGGGUGGACCACAGUAG